GCGGGGCCGCGGGGAGGCAUAGAAGGCAGCGGCGGGCGCAGCGCAGAGUCUAGACUUCCUUCGGCCAUUUCUCGCUCUUUGUACAGGCAUUCUCUCUCGUCGCGCUCGUCCUGACGAGAGCAAUUUGUUCGUCGCAUCGGGGCAAGGGUUGCUGUCAUUCCUCCAGCUUCAGCCAUGGCGUGUUUGACAUCGGCCGGAGCUCUGUGCUCGUCCGUCCUCGCGGCUCCCUCGGCCGUGAGCUGCAUCUCCAAGUCGUCCACUGCGAAAUUCCGCGUGGCUCCCAUCGCCGUGAAGCCUCUGUCUCGAAGGUGUUCCACAUUCGUCGUCAGGGCCAGCUCGCCCAACUCUGCCGAUGACCUUCAAGCAAAGGUCGCCGAGAGCAUCAAGGCUGCCACAGAAGUCUGCAAAGGAAAUGAGACAUCUGAGGAGUGCGUUGUAGCCUGGGACGAAACCGAGGAGCUGUCCGCCGCUUACGCCGACAAGAAGCGCAAGGCCAAAGCCGAUCCCCUGGAGACGUACUGCGCUGACAACCCUGAGACUGACGAAUGCCGAGUGUACGAAGAUUGAGAUGCAAUCUCGACUCUUUUGCAAUCCAACUCCCUCCGCGACAUUUGUGCAGGGAGUAGUGUAUUAGUAAAAUUAGACGCAAGAUGGACGUAAUGACGAGUCUGUGUGCGAACUGUGCCCCGAAGGAUACCGUACGGAUGUCUGUGAAAUCAAAGAAGAGUUCACUGUAGAGAUAGAGAACAAAGUUGUUCUGUUGUUCUGUGCUAGUACUUUAAUACACUAGCUCUCAAGUGCUCUGGCUUACUUUCCGGUCAAGCGUUUCGUGACGGAAACAACGACAUUAUGUUAACUGUCUUUUUUUGUACAAUCAUAGUUCUUCACCCUUUUUAAAAAUUGAAUUACAGUUCUAUAAUGUCUAUAACCUUAUGACGU